GCUUGUGAUCCCGAAAAUUUGACACCAUGUUUCACAAAAUCAAUGCCAACCCCGUUCAGAGAAUUCUGCAGCAAACCCAUUCAUUUACAGAGCUCAACUUCAUCUUUUUAGCUGUUUUAUGUUGCAUGAUAAUAUCUCCUGCAGCCGCAUAUGAUCCGUUAGAUCCAAAUGGAAAUGUUUCAAUCAGAUGGGAUGUCAUGUCUUGGACAACAGAUGGUUAUGUGGCCACGGUGACUAUAACGAAUCUUCAACUGUUUCGACACUUCAUGAGCCCUGGCUGGACUCUGGGGUGGACAUGGGCAAAGAAGGAAAUAAUUUGGUCUGUGUUGGGAGCUCAGGCCACAGAGCAAGGAGACUGUUCCAAGUUCAAAAUAAACAUUCCACACAGCUGCAAGAGAAACCCCGCAGUGGUUGAUUUGCUUCCUGAUGCUCCCUUCAACCAACAAUUCACCAACUGCUGCAAGGGUGGUGUGUUGGCCUCCUGGGGGCAGGACCCUACAGCUGCCGUGGCAGCGUUUCAGAUCACAGUUGGGCUCUCUGGCACCUCGAAUAAGACAGUGAAGCUGCCAAAGAAUUUCCGUUUGCUCGGUCCUGGACCGGGGUACACUUGUGGCCCUGCAAAGGUUGUGCCAUCUUCACACUUUCUCUCAGCUGAUGGAAGGCGAAAAGCUCAAGCUCUGAUGACGUGGAAUGCGACGUGCACUUACUCAAAAUUUCUUGCUUCAAAGAACCCAAGCUGUUGUGUUUCUUUGUCAUCUUUCUACAGCACCAAAAUAGUUUCUUGCCCCGCUUGUGCUUGCGGUUGCCAGAGCAACAGCACUUGCAUCAUGAGCAACUCAACACUAUUACAGAAGCCAGGAAUCAACACACCAAGGAAAGACAAUGCUCCACUGUUACAAUGCACAAAACAUAUGUGCCCUGUUAGGGUGCACUGGCACCUGAAGCUUAACUACGAGGCUUAUUGGAGGGUUAAGAUUGCAAUAACUAAUUUCAACUUCAGGAGGAACUACAGUCAGUGGACACUUGUUGUUCAGCAUCCAAAUCUCAACAAUGUCACCCAAGUGUUUAGCUUUAAUUACAAGUCUCUUCUUCCUUACCAAGCUAUCAAUGACACUGGCAUGUUUUAUGGCAUGAAGUUCUUUAAUGACUACUUAAUGGAAGCUGGACCAUAUGGAAAUGUUCAAUCUGAGAUGCUUCUGCAGAAAGACAAAUCUGCAUUCACACUCAAGCAGGGGUGGGGAUUUCCCCGGCGAGUUUACUUUAACGGGGAGGAAUGCAUGCUACCCCCACCCAACCAAUACCCAUUUCUACCGAACUCUGCAUGUUUUUAUUCUUUCAGAAUUUUGAAAGUUGGAGCUUCUGCACUUCUGAUACUUUGGUGGAUAUGGUGAUCAGUUUUUUCCAGAAACAGGCAAAGGUUUUCAUUUACCAGCGACAUGAGAGGCUAUAUGUAUCGUAUAAUACUAGCAGCAGGAGUACAAUCCACUUUGGGAUGAUUCAAUCAUUCAGUUGUAGAAAAAAAAAGGUACAACUAACUAACUACAUUUUAUCUGAAUUCCUAUUGAGCUGUACCACAUUCCACAAUGUCAUUGUUAUAAAAAAAAAUAUCUGUCAUCUUGCAAAUUUUUCUCAAGUUCUGCUACUUUCUUACUAUAAUUUAUUAUGCUUAUUAAAUAUUGCCAACACGGUGACAAAAAGAGAAAAGAAGAAGAUCAAAUGCUAGUAUAAAAGGCUUAACACGAUAGUUCAACAAUGACUUCGUAAAAUCUCUUACAAUACGAAGAACAAAUUCAAUGUGGAUAUUCUACAGAUAAUUCAAAACUUGUAUAAAUUAUUAAAAAAAAAAGAAGAAGAGGGGGGCAAGAACUAAA